UCAUGGAGAUUAAUUCGUGUGCGAUUUAGCUUUUCUUUCAUAUUCCAACCGUUAGAUGGAAAUGAUUGUUGUUUGUAUUGUUUUGGAAUUGAAUUUGGGUUUGGAUUGACCUGGAAAUUGGUGAUCUCUUGAUGUGAUUAAUUGUUGUUGUUCCUGUGAGAAUGGCUUUUGGAUUGUCUGAAAGCUUUGAUGGUCUCAAUGGACCGAUUGCUGAGGAAAUGUUACCUCCUUUACCAUCAAUGGGCUGGUCUCAUAAUGACAGUUUAUUUAAUUGUCCUGAUGUUUUCUGUAGUUUAAUUGGUGAUAUUGGACCUCCACCUGAUUGGCUACCACCUCCACCUCCUUUGCCUCCUUAUUUGAUUCAAGCUUUAGCUGAGAAUCACUCGGUGGUUGAUGUUAGAUCAGAUGAUUGUAACUUUUGUCAUGUCUUUAGUAAUCCAACAGAUUCGGAGCUUGUUGUUCCUAAACCAGAAUUUAAAACUCACGAUUCUUGGUUUUCUUUAUUAAUUGGUUCAGUUCUUGGAUCUACAAUUUUGUGUAUCAUUUUGCUUUUCAUUCUAGUGAAGUUCAGAAAAUGGAAAUUGUUCCCUUCAGUCUGUGGGCUUGACUCUUGUCCAAUUUUCCCUGAAGGAAUGAUGAGAGGUCAAAAGGCAGUUCCAAAUCCUUGUUCACAAUCAGAGAAUUGUAUUUCACCGGUGGUCAAUGAGAAGUCACCUCAAAGUGUUAUAACCAAUUGUCCAACUAAAACUUCAAUUCCAAGUAAAUAUUGGAGGCGAAGUGAUGAUAAUCAUUGUUCUCGUGAUUCAAUUUCUGACCCAAGAAUCGCUGAAAUUGAGGAAUACACUAAUAUCCCUGAAGGAGGUAGUUGUACCUCUAGUCCCGUUUAUGCUGAACUCGAUGCCGCUGGAGUGACCAUUAAUCAUUCACAGAUUCCAAGUUCACUUCUAAUGAAUGGUCCAUCACCUUAUGCUGUUCAUACCUAUUCAGAGGUCGCCGAUGCCAUGAGAAUGGCAGCUCUUGGUUCAUCUACUGCUCUACUUCCUGACGCUUCAUAUGAUAAUGUCGCUUAUUUACCCUCUUCUAAUAGUGAUCAUUAUCAAGCAAGAUCAUUGAGACGACAACGCUCCGGAUUGGGACAUCUCGGGAGUGCAACUCCUUUACUUCCCGCUCAUCAACAAGUUGUUGCAGGAUCACAAUUGAACUAUUUAACCGGAGGAAGGCCACAUAAGAAAUCUCGACCAGUUUACUCUCAUCAUACAUCACGAAUUAACGCAAGAAAUCAACCCCAACAACAACAAUUGUCUCAACAACAACUUCAGCAACUCCAACAAUUACAACUCCAACAACAACAACAGCAACAAAUUCAACAAGAUAUUGAACCUCGUUACAUGAGUUCUCGUCGCCCUGAGGCUGUUUAUGCAGAUUUUCCUCUCAACUCACCAACACUUUCCACUUUUCGAGUUCCAUAUGGAACAAAUUUCAGAGAAAAUCCUAAACGACCUUUACCCGAUGUCCCCGGAGUCCGACUCUAAAUCAAAUUGAUAAUCUCUUUCUAAUCUAAUACUUAAAUCCCAACGGCAACUGACCAUUGAACUUAUCAAAUCAUUAUCAUUUCUUCCUAAUUAUAAUCUAAACUAAUCACAAUUGAUUUAAACUCAAUCGAUAUGCACAAUUAUUAUUUAAAUUCGCAAUGUUUGAAAAAUUUUCUCAUUUAAACUCUGUAAUAUUAACCCAAUAAAGCUCAUGUUUUUUUCCCGACAAAAUAUACAAA